AUAUUAAAGAAGAUGGAAGGAGUCUUUGCAGAGAGAGAAAGAUGGGAUAUGGAGGGAAGAAUGUGACAGAAUCAAAUCGUAAAGAGAACCCAAAAAGGAUCACGAAAUAUCUGUGAUCUACUUCGAUUCUACCAUUCGUUUAUGUCUUGUGGAUUAUCAAAAAAUUUUAUCUUGAUUCAUUUUUUCACCCACCAACCUGUCUUUUUCAUUAUUAUUUCAGUUUGCCUUUCUCUAUUCUCUAUAUAUACACCACAACACCAGCUUGCAUUUCGUUUAUCCAUCUCCUGUGACUUUAUUUUUGUUUCUUUACGUACUGUUUUUCUCUUCCCUAAUUUAUUGUGCCAUUUCGUUCAUGGAGGUUACAUCCUGUUCAUCAAAGCCUCAUGUUUUAGCUGUUGAUGAUAAUCUUGUUGAUCGAAAAUUGGUUGAGAUGUUACUCAAGAAGUCCUCUUGUAAAGUGACAACUGCAGAGAAUGGGCUGAGGGCUUUGGAGUAUCUGGGUUUGGCUGAUGAACAAGAGAAUGCCCUGGAGAGCAAUGAAUCCAAGGUGAGUAUGGUGAUAACAGACUAUUGUAUGCCAGGAAUGUCAGGUUAUGAGCUUCUAAAGAAAAUCAAGGAAUCUUCUGCAACAAAGGAGGUUCCAGUUGUUGUAGUUUCAUCAGAGAACAUCCCAACUCGUAUUAACAAGUGCUUAGAGGAAGGAGCUCAAAUGUUCAUGCUGAAGCCUUUGAAAGCAUCAGAUGUGCAGAAAUUGACAUGCCAUUUGGUUAAUUGAAGUGGUAGCUAAUGACAUAAUUUUCAGAGUUUGAAAAAACACCCGCAAACAAUAACUUCAUAAUUUACAGAAGAACUUCCAUACAAAUGACUCUUUCAUAAGAUAAAUUUGCUUCUGUUGCUGCAAAUCCAUUUUUUUCCCCUCAAACAUGACUCUAUUACAUCAUUAUUGCAUUAAGAUUCAUAGUUUCAAUGAUUUCUUUUUCUCUUUAA